GUUUAUCAGCCGAGCUGUAACAGAAAAGAGAGCGGAGGUGCACGCUUCCGAGCAAUUGUCGUGCCUCCUCCGUUCACCCCAAAUCUUGUCGUGAUACCCGUCCUUAUCCUUCAUACCGAACCUAUUUCAAGUAAAGGAUAUAAAACAAAUCAAAAUUACGUGUUCAAGUGUUCGUGGUCACAUUUCGAGCCUAUUCUUUAUUGAUUGACCACUCGAGUCUGUACUAAGGGAUUGCGGAAUUGAAAAGGGUCAAAGCAAAACUUGAAACACUAAAACCAAGAAGAUGGCGGAUAAAAUAUACUACCCCAAUCAAAAACUCGUGAAGAAUGCAUACUGCAGCAGCAUGGAGCAAUACAGAAAGAUGCAUGAGAAAUCCGUGAAUAAUCCGCCGGAAUUCUGGGGCGAAAUUGCAAAAGAAUUUUAUUGGGAAACACCGGUGUUGGAAGAUAAGUUCCAUUCCUAUAAUUUCGACCUGAGUAAGGGCGAUAUUUUCAUAAAAUGGUUGGAGGGUGCAUCCACGAACAUAAGUUUCAAUUUGUUGGAUAAAAAUGUGAAGAGUGGAAACGGUGACAAGAUUGCAUUUUAUUGGGAGGGCAACGAUCCCGAUGAUUAUUCGCGGUUGACAUACAGAAAAUUACUGGAGGAAGUAUGCAGAUUCGCGAAUGUUUUGAAAUCAAAGGGAGUGACGAAAGGAGACCGUGUUGCGAUUUACAUGCCGAUGAUACUAGAAUUGCCCAUUGCCAUGCUCGCGUGUACCAGAAUUGGCGCUGUUCAUAGCGUAGUGUUUGGAGGCUACUCUUCUGAUUCGCUGGCAGAACGCAUCUUGGAUUCGAAAGCGAAAGUUUUAAUUACGACCGAUGGUGUAUGGAGAGGCGAAAAACUUCUAUUUUUGAAGACUAUCUGUGAUGAAGCUUUGGACAAAGUUAAAAAGAACGGCCACGUGGUUGAAUGGUGCAUAGUAGUAGCACACCUUAGAAGGCUGAGUAAUCCACAGGGUACUAGAUCAGAUGCAACAGGAAAAAUAAAUGGUGUAAACGGUGAGGGAAAUGGCUUUGAUCUACCACAAAUUCCAUGGGAUGACGAUCGUGAUGCUUGGUGGCAUGACGAAAUGGAAGAAGUUGAGGACAAAUGUUAUCCCGUAUGGAUGAAUGCAGAAGAUCCACUUUUUAUUUUAUACACAAGUGGCUCAACAGGGAAACCAAAAGGUGUCUUACAUACUACAGCUGGUUACCUAAUCUACGCAGCUACAACGUUUAAGUACGUGUUUGAUUAUCAUCCUGGUGAUGUGUACUGGUGUACAGCAGACGUUGGUUGGAUCACUGGUCAUACAUAUGUUGUAUAUGGUCCACUGGCAAAUGGAGCCACAUCAAUUAUUUUUGAAGGAACACCGUUCUAUCCAGGGAACGAUCGAUACUGGGCAGUCAUCGACAAGUAUAAAGUCACGCAAUUUUAUACUGCACCGACUGCAAUUAGAUCGCUUAUGAAGUUUGGAGAUGAAUUAGUGAAGAAACACAAUUUAUCUACUUUAAAAGUUUUGGGUUCUGUUGGAGAGCCAAUAAAUCCUGAAGCGUGGCUUUGGUUUUAUAAUAUUGUUGGUCAUGGGAAAUGCAGUAUAUCGGACACGUUUUGGCAAACGGAAACCGGUGGUCAUGUAAUCACUCCCCUUCCUGGUGCUACGCCAAUGAAACCGGGUUCUGCAACGUUCCCAUUCUUUGGGGUCUUACCAGAAAUUUUGGACGAAGAUGGUCGAUUAAUUGAAGGUGAAGGUGAGGGAUACUUAGUUUUCCGUCAACCUUGGCCAGGGAUGAUGAGAUCUCUCUAUGGAAAUCAUCAACGCUUCCAAAAUACAUAUUUCGAUAGAUUUCAUGGAUAUUAUUGCACGGGAGAUGGCGCUAGGCGUGAUGCAGAUGGUUAUCUGUGGAUAACCGGUCGUAUUGAUGAUAUGUUAAAUGUUUCUGGUCAUCUUAUGUCUACAGCAGAAGUAGAAAGCGUAUUAACUGAACAUUUCUCAGUAUCUGAAGCUGCAGUAGUUAGUAAGCCACAUCCAGUAAAAGGUCAAUGCCUUUAUUGCUUUGUCACACCCAAUGAGGGUGCUAAAUUUGACAAAAAACUACAAGAUGAACUUAAAAAGAGAGUGCGUGAACGAAUCGGUCCAUUUGCACAACCGGAUAUCAUUCAACAUGCGCCAGGACUACCAAAAACUCGAUCGGGCAAAAUCAUGAGACGUAUACUUAGGAAAAUCGCAGCAGGAGAUAAAAAUGUCGGUGAUGUAUCAACGUUAGCCGAUGAGAGUAUCGUCGAUAUUCUUUUCCAACUGAGGCCGCAAGUUUAAGCAAAUUUUCCAUAUUGGUGUAGCGACCUUCGGUGGAAACAUAGUAGCUUAGAAAUGAAUGAUAACGACACGCUUCCGGUGACCGAUAAAAAUAUAAGACUUUCGAGUUAUAGCUAUCGAAAAAAAUACUGCGAGAACUUAUCAUUAGAACACAAAGGACAGCUACAGGGAGAGUAAUUUUUAUCAUGAGAGACAGAUCAGUUUUUAAAGUAGCAUCUUAAACCAAAAACUUCUGUUCUAUACAUUAGAAUCCUUUCCCUCUUAUUAAUAGUUAUUAUUUAUAGUACUAUUUAUCGAUUAUUUCAUAGACAAUUAUUAUGCAAUAAUAGUUAAUACUUUCAGCCCAAUAUUGUCGGUAGCAUC